CUUCUUAUGCUAGCCGUAUAGUAGCGUCUGCAGAGCAGCACAUUGAGGUUGGACAAUAGAUUGUAUAGUACUGAAAUAAUUUACCUUUUAAAAUGAUGGGUGAUGGAUGGUAUUUAACAUCAGCUCACCCUUAAGGGAUUAACGAUCGUUGUCUUAAUGCAGAUCGUUGUUGUUAGCUUUCUUAGCUAACAGCUAGCCGUAGCGCUAUUCUGUCAAUGGGCUUUGUGUUUUGUUAUGAAAAGUCAGUAGUUCCGGGUUUUUCUUAUUUUGUGUCUUAAUCGGUGUUAAACUUUUGGGUCUGGCAGUAUGAUUCAACCACAAGAGCUUUAAGAUUGACAGCUUUACCAAUGUCCGCUUUUCUUGGGAGCUAGCUUGUGAUAAAGACAAGAUAGCAUCAUCACGAUGGCCUCCACUGAUGGGGCACUGUCAGCCCACUGCGAGGACGCCAAGGACGCUGGUACCUGCAAAGCGAACGUGUCCAGCUGGGACGGAGAUGGAGAAAAGUCACAGAAAAAAGCCACUUUGAAGAGGAACUCUAGUGAGCCUCAAAAGGCUAAAAAGAAGAAAAAGGCCAGAGUGAACAGGGCGGCCCGGCCCAACUACACCAUCCAUGAGGGUGAGGACAUGCUCUUAGUGAUAUCCAGCAGCACCUCUCAAUACGACGGCUCCGCCUGGGCCCCCAAGAAAAAGGGAUGCAAAAAGAGGAAGGUGACUAAAGGAAAAGGGAAAAGCAUUCCCACUAAGAAAAAAAAGCUGAUGAGGGCACCGGUUGUCAAGCAAAUAGAGGAGACGCCUGAGGUGCCAAGUGACCACAGAUGGGGGCAAAGUCUUCCGGAGGAGGUGUUGGUGAAUAUAUUUAAGAUGGUAGUCGCCCAGGAUGGCGCCGUGCCAUUUCUGUGCAGGGCGGGAAGAGUCUGUCGCCUGUGGAACGUCGCCGCCUCCAGCCCGGUCCUGUGGCGAAAGGUCUCGCUCGGCCACUGCUGGAUUGCACCAGGGAAGAGUCAGCUCCCGAAAACCGAGAGCAAAAUCAAGUACACGAUAGACUGGCUGGCACAGACGAGAUUGUCACAACUGCGAGAGUUCUCCCUCCAUCACUGGACCAAGAAUGUCAACUAUGCAGUAGAUGUGGUGUCCAAGUUCUGCCCUCAACUUGGUGCCCUCACACUGUCCUACUGCUCGGGCCUGACAGAGGUGGGCUUCCAAAGCCUCGGCCUGCACAGCCGCUCCCUACAGAGCUUAAACCUUCAGUACACAGAGUUUCAGGUGGAGGGUCUUCUGAGUUACCUGGAAACCUACGGAUGUCAGAUUAGACAGAUAUGGUUCACUCACGGCCUGAAGAACGACCGACUGCUGUCUGCCAUCUCUAGGGGAUGCUGUCGUGAUCUGGAGUUGUUGGAGGUCAACACAAAGCUGGACAGUAAAGAUGGCGAACUUCCAAUUUGCAUCCAGGCGCUACAGACUGCAUGCCCCAAACUUAAGACUUUCCGGAUGCUGAACGUCCGACCUCUGCACAAGACCAUGCGUAGCGGCGCCGAAUUGUCAUUGGGCUUCCCUUCACUGGAGGAGCUUUGCAUCGCCACCACAUCUUACUCCUACAUGAGCGACAAAGACUUGCGUGACAUUCUGUUUGGCUCCACCCAGCUGCGAGUACUGGACCUACGUGGCUGCUCGCGAAUCACGCCGGCUGGUCUUGCGAUGUUGCCCUGUAAUGAGCUGGAGUGUCUGUUCUGGGGACAAUAUUUCAGCAGCCACGUCGGCUCGUCCUCGCUGAAGAAGGGCCUCCACAUGGUGACGCAGAAGUGGAAUCAGACGCUGCAACAGCUGGAUGUCGCCAAUCAGCUCUUCUCAGAGGAGGAUUUGGAGGUAGCCAUGUGCCACCUUGCUCGGGCCAGCAAUGCCAACACUCUGCGUUCGCUGAACCUGAGUGGGACCAGGGUUAUGCCAUCUGCUCUCAGACCUCUCAUCAGCCAAAUGACGGCGCUCAACUACCUCAAUCUGUCUUCUUGCCGAUAUCUUCCAAGAGGGCUGAAGAGAAUUUACCGUGGACAAGAAGACAUUCGACAGUUGCUCGACAAGUUGGAGUAGAGAGCAAACGAUAACGACGAACACACAGUACAAUAACAGCUCGUCCAGAUGGAAAUAUUUCUAUUGUUGAAAAAUGCAAAUAAAUGUAUACAUUUGUCUCUUGUGGUAUAUGUAUAUGUUAUUUACAGGACACAGUUAUAUGUGUACUUCAGUUUACCCUCUACAGCUGCAAUCUUAAGUUUAAAUCCAUCAGGCUCAUAUUGGAAUGUACUGGUCAAAAAAAGGGCCAUUUCAAUAUUUAAAAAAAUACAUAGGGUAUAAUUAUUGAAAUAAAAACAAGAAUUAGUUCUCACGUUCAUUUAUUCAAUGACAUUUUUUCAACAGUCGACAAAAACAGGUUUGGUAAACUUGAACUAAAAGUGAUUGAAUGCAUAGAUUAGUGCUUAGUUCUCAAUCAUUUCUUCACUUUUCGCGAUGAAACAAAAGAAAUAUGUUGCUGGUAAAUGUAUAGCUGUGUCUCCAUAUUCUCCCAAAAUAAAUCUCACAUG